GGAAGUAGUUAAAUCUCAUGUCCGGGCUUCGGUCGCUGCGACUUGUCUCCAGGCCUAGCGAAAACAUGGCGGACUUGUCUCUGGACGAGCUGAUCAGGAAGCGCGGUGUCAAUGUAAACCUGAAGGGGAGGUUGAAUACCAGGCCAGUAUUUGGUGGUCUCAGAUCUCGAAUUGGAGUCCAACAAACUUUUCUUGGCAGGCCAACAUCAAGUCUUGGUUUCCAACGGACAUUUGAUGCACGUCAAAAGAUUGGUGUUACUGAUGCCCGGCAGAAAAUUGGUGUGAAAGAUGCCCGGGAGAAACUGCUUCAGAAAGAUGCCAGGUUCAAAAUCCAAGGGAAAGUACAGGAUGCCCGAGAGAUGCUCAAUUCUAGAAAACAGCAAAGUGUCGAGAAGGUGACCAAAGUUGUUGAUGCCAGAGAGAAGAUCAGCUUGAAAAGGAGUGCACCUACUGCAGCCAUUAUAAACAGUGCUAUGGAAGCAGUGGCCCCUGCCGUGAAGAUAACAAAAACUAUUCAACAGAAGGCUGCAGCUCCAUCACACACUCACCCUGCAGGUAUGAAGAUCAAUGUUGUGAACAAUCACACACACAAACAGUGCCUGUACGAUAUGGAAGAUGAGGAAGAAACUGUAUCUCCCCUUCCUAGCAAACAGAUGAAAAUUACUACCACAAACAGCUUUCUCCAUAAUGCAGCUGGGCUCAGUGGCAGCAAGUUCUCUUUGUCAAAGACUGUUCCCCUCACAAAAGUUGUCCAGAAUGAUGCCUAUACAGCCCCUGCAGCUCCACCUUCCCCCAUCCGGACAAAGGCCCUGACAAACAUGUCCCGAACCUUGGUGACCAAGGAGGAACCCCCUAAAGAGCCUGCACCAGUUGAGCCGGCCUUCAGCCCAUUAGAAGGUACCAAGAUGACUGUGAAUAAUUUGCACCCUCGAGUCACAGAGGAGGACAUUGUUGAGUUGUUCUGCGUAUGUGGUGCCCUGAAGCGAGCCCGUCUAGUGCACCCUGGAAUGGCUGAGGUUGUGUUUGUGAAAAAGGAGGAUGCCAUCACUGCGUAUAAGAAAUACAACAACAGGUGCUUGGAUGGGCAACCAAUGAAAUGCAACCUUCAUAUGAAUGGAAAUAUCAUCACAUCUGACCAACCCAUCUUGCUUCGAUUAAGUGACACCCCCUCAGUGAAGAAAGAAGGUGAACCACGUCGGACAAGUGUAGGAGCCUCCUCAAAUCCACCUGCUGAGGUGGACCCUGAUACCAUCUUGAAGGCACUCUUCAAAUCCUCAGGGACCUCCUCUUCUGUGCAGCCUACAGAGUUCAAAAUCAAACUUUGAGGAGUGGAAGACAAGAAGUGGACUGGAAAACUCGUUGAGCACGGGAAAUAGGGAGACAUGUGCAGGAACACAACUGUUACUGCAGUUGACCAUACUGAGACCUUUGUUUUUCUACAAUUGCUACCUUCCUGUACAAUAGUACUGUCCCUAAUAUAUGUGUUCCGUUUUCAUAGUUUGAGUUUUUUGUCUGCAUAUUUCUAAAGGAUUAAUCUUCCCUUCCUUCAGUGAGAAGUAGAGCACCAAGCGUAGACCAUGUAACUCCUUCCUUUGUUUCAAUCCUCUAGUAGUCAACCAGGAAAAGUGCAUCUGGCAAAAGGGCACAACAAG